UAUAUAAAGGGUCCCUCGGCAUCGCCACACUUCGCAUCAUUACCGCCGUAACGUGCAAGCCACUCAAUCUCCGCUCGUCUCUCGUCAGCUGAGACUAACGCUCAAGAAUUCGAAACCCGAGGACAGAGGAGAGCACUAUGUACGCCAAACGUUGCGCAGCUUUCGUCCUUCUCGUCGUGAUAGUCGGCCUCGUGAACGCCACUGAAAAUUACAUGGAUUACGGAGAAGAAAUGGCGGAGAAAGUGCCCGCGGAGAACAUCCACGAGCUGUACAGGUUGCUGCUGCUGCAACGCAACGCGCUGGACAACGGCUUCGGCGGCAUCCCGUUGGAACAUCUGAUGAUCCGGAAGUCGCAGCGAUCGCCGUCGCUACGUCUCCGGUUCGGUCGUUCUGGACCACACGUCUCCGCGGGAGCUCUGCCGAGACCCCUGGCUGCAGCGUCUGCAGCGGGAUACGACGACAACAAUUAAUCGGCGGAGCUGAUCCAGGGGCAUCUUUCCGAUUUGUUUCUUGAUGAAAACGCGCGACUACCCUCUCUUGUACAAUAUCAAUUAUGUAUAACUCAUCGCAUGUCUUGUCCCGCGCGCGCGCGCGUGCGCGCGCUUCCCAGGCCAGCGGGGCUGUGGGGCAUCCCCGAAAUUUUCGCGUCUCUUUACUUAAAAAAAAAAAUCCAAAACCCGGGCGAAGCAGUGAGAAAUCCGCGCCGCGAUCCGCGUAAUCGGGCGAUCGCAAGAUACCGAGCUCAUCAUUUUGUUUGUACGCUUCAUCUGCGCGCGCGUUAAUUCGGAUCGACGCGUUCCUAGAACGGUAGCUUUACUUUCGUACGACGAUUCGAUUCUUUCGCUUUGUACGCGAUUUUGCGGGACUCGCAGUACUGUUCAACAUUUAAGAGGAACACGCUCUCUAAGAUCUCUUCUGUACAAUUGCGCCCGCCGUUCUACCUCGUUAAUUUCCAUUAAUUAGUGGCGGCGGCGCUGUAAAAGGACACUUGGCCUAAGUCCUUCAUUCGAUGUGGGAUAACAAUCUACACGCUUCGAUCGCUACGAGCGUAAUUGUUCCUUAUUUUAAUUACGCGCAUCGGCACAGAGAAUAUAGAAACAACUUCGCGCCCUGUGAGCUGAUGUACAUCGGGUGUCCCAGGCUUUUCGGGCAAUUUGUCGACGGAGGAUCGAGGAACGACGAAUUUGAUUUCCUUCGGAAGACACUAAAACGUUGUUUUAAUUGCCAUCAUUGAAUAUCUCAGCCAGCAACUUUCUUCUAAUUAAAUGUAUUUAAACUGACCAAUGUGUACAGCACUUAAUCAUUUAUUUACACUUUUAAACUUUAACUUACCAAGAGCUCGCUCUCUCUUUUUAUUAAUUUAUAAUAAACGAUUUUAUUAAUUUGUAACGAACGGUUUGUGAUUAUAAUCUUCCACUGAAUAUUCCCUUGAGGAGACGAGAAAUGUGCCGUGAAUCUUAUCUGCAAGAUUAUUGGAUAAUUCUGGGGCAUCGUAUAAUUUUCAACAGCUGGCCUGUUGGUCCAUCAAUCGGUUAAUAGACGUAGUCUUUGCGAUAAAUGUGCCAAAUAAUAUAAUCAUUGUAUUAUAAAGAGAAAAGGGAAGAUCUGCAUCAUCUAUGACGUAUACAUUGCAGAAACUAUAACGGUUAAAAAAAUUUCACGCGUAAUGGGGAUCGUUCGCGAAACUUUAGUGCGAACUGUUUAUCAAUAUUAUCAUUAUUCGCCAACAGAAAGAGGGUCGCGUCUCAAAUAUGUCAAUUUGCAAAAUUAAAAAUAAAUUAUUAUGUAACACUGUGUCACAUUUA